CUCGACAUCGAGCGAGUGAGCGACGCAUCCCGAGCGAGCGCCGAUUGCUUCUUCCCCAUCCACCGCACCGCCCAGAUCCAGGCGCAGCCGAGGUUGAUGCCCAGCUCCAGAUCCAGGCCGCCGCCGCCGAGCUUCCCCCACCGGUACCCCUCACCACCGCCCGCUGCCCCUCUAUCGGCGUCGCCUCCCCCGCCGGUUGCCUCAGCCACCAUCGCAUAUCCUUCCGGCCGUCUUUCAUCCACCCGUCGCCCCUUGUCCUCCGAUGCGAACGGCAGCCGCUCCGCGCACACACACACACACACACACACUCCACGCGCUUGGAUUCAGAGGCGACCUCGGCGCCCUCUUGGCUAGCCCACGAGCGUGUAGUUCCAGAGGUGUAGCCGAGCCGUUCAGAGUCGCCAGUCCGGUGGUGGCGUACCACAUCGGGUAGCUUCCUUCGGUGCGCCACCUCCACCCGCAUCCUCCGGCGCACCUCCUCCCUCUCGAUCUGGUAUUGUUGUAGCAUGAUUACGGAUUUCUCUUUCCUUCCCUUCUUUGAACUCCGUCAUUGUUCGAUUUCGAGUGGUUAUACAGUUCGAUUCGAUUCGAUCUAUUGCCGAUUUUCGGAUCCUCGUGCAACAUUUGAGGAACACUGCUUUUGUGAUGGAUUUUUAUGGUAGGGCUUGCAUAGCAUGUAUUCGAUUUAGAGCUCUUUUUGAUUCGAGCUUGAUCUUUGGCUGAUUUCUUCCUUCCUUCCUUCUCUUGUCCGAGGGCCGAGGCUAUGUACCGUAUGGACUAAGUCUCCGCUCCUUAUACGAGGAGGAAGAGAUGCGAGACGAAAAUUUCCAGACGAAAAGCGUGCCUUCGCCAGCCAGCGACCACCCCCCUCCCGGCCCCGGACUAAUUCGACCCCAACCCGCGGGUUCGCUCGCCCAUCUUCUCGUCUGUAGAUCGCAUGCUCAGUUCAGAGUUUGCGACUCCGACUCGAUCCCGCGAGGGAAAAAGAAAAAUAAAACUGCUCGCAGUCAUGUGCCGGUGUGCCCUGUUGGAUCCGCAUAGCAAUUCCUGUGACGACUGCAAGCGCGAUCUCGGCGACCCCCCACCUCGCCGACUGGCUUCCCCCUCCACCUCACCGCCGGGCAGCAGAGACCCCUCCGGGCUGGGAUCGGGUUCCUCCUUCCCCGGCUCUUCAGAAACUUAUUCACCCAAACAUUGUGAAGCUGAAGGAUGUGACAAUGGAAAAUCAUGAGCCAUUCUUCAUCUUUGAAAACAUGGUGUGCAAACCAAGACCUGUCCAUGAUGCUUCCCAUACAAAAACAAACGAACCUACAGGAUCUAAUCCAAGUUCCAGCUGGUCGGACCUCCCAAAGGAUCUUGUCCUCAGCAUCCUGCAACGCCUUCAACUCCCAGAAGCUAUUGCUUUUGCAUCAGUAUGCACAUCAUGGCUUUCGGCUGCCACAGCUGCUGGCGUCCCACGCUCUUGUACACCAAUGAUCAUGUCUUGGCGGGACAUUCUCGAGAGUAGAGAAUCGCGAGGGGCCAAGGGCAGCUCUUCUGUAAACUGCAAGUUCCUCCAUCUCUUGGAUGUCCAUAAGGCUUAUGAUGUGAGAUUUCCCCAAGGUUUAUGCUUCAUGGCAUGCUGUGGAUCCUCCCAUGGCUGGCUGAUUCUGGUGAACGAACUCGCCAAUCUCGUGCUCUACAACCCCUUCACCUCGGAAAUGAUCCCUCUCCCACCAAUCACUGAUUUCACAUGCGUUGAGGCAGUCUGUGGUAGCAAAGGCAACAUUGAAGCAUACAAUUUUGAGAAUCAUCGAGUCCAGGAUGCAAAGUACUUGGCAACAUGGUUCUACCAGAAAGCGGUGUUGUCUUGCAGUCCAUCCAAGAGUGCUAACUAUGUCGUCAUGAUCAUCCACCGGGAUAACAACUGGCUUUCUUCUGUUAGGGCUGGAGAUAGCAAUUGGCAAGUGGCUGCAACUUUAGUCGCUCAGAAGGCGGACCGGUAUGCGGACUGUGCGUACCACAAUGGGAUGUUCUACACCGUGACAUUUGAAGGAAUAGUGGAGAAAUGGGAUGUUGAUGGACCGAAUGGACCAGCAAAGGAGGUGAUUGUAGCCAAGAGGAGCAGUAGACGCAUUCUCUCCAGGCAUCUGGUGUCUACACCAUGGGGUGACCUGCUGGAAGUGCGAGCAUUUGUUGCAAACUCCAGGAGGAUGUAUAGAGAUGGUGUCGCAUUCCGAAUUUUCAAGGUUCAUCUUGAUGGAUAUGAGAAGGUAUCACCAGUACCAAAGAUAGACUUAAUGGAGCAUGCAAUCUUAAUCGGCUUGAAUCACUCGGCAUGUUUGUCCACCAAGAAUUUCCCCUGGCUGAGGCCUUGUUGCAUCUACUUCUCAGUACCUUGGAUGACGCCCAUAUGUCAUCUGCUUCGUCGAUGUCCAGAAUGGGGAGGCGUGAGGACCUACGACAUAAAACAAAGAACAUUUGAUCAUGUUUUCCGUCUCUGCCCUCAUACAAAUCGCCUCAACCUUGCUCCUUCUGAGGUUUGGAUCACACCGAAUUUAUAAUAAUUUACUAGGAAGAAAGAUGCACUGUGCUGUGCUGGCUCAAGGUAGUUCUGUCUGCCAAUCAUCUUUUUUUGUGUACAUUUGGUAUAGUUUGUGAGAUUGCAAGCCAUUUAUUUUUGUAUGAA